AGCUUGUGUCCAUGCGGCUCGAUCCGCCCGAAUUCACGGGACCACCAUCCACGUCGUACGAUUGGAACAACGGCAACGACCGCUGCUACUCGUCCUCGGGCUUGCCUCUUCAUUUUCUUCCGCGCCGAUCUACCACCGCGGGAAUCUCUUUCUUUCGUUUCCGACUCUCGGCCCCGUUCGUUCGUGGUUCCGAGAUUCUCCAACGGCAACGACAAUUCACCGCAGUUAUCGCGUACGAUGUCCAUCAUCGUCGAUUCUUGUCGUCGGUUCGACGUUGCUGCUCGAUCGAGCAAGGAAACGGAUCCGAAACCAGAAACGCCACUGCCUUUCGUGUCUCUUACGACUCGGUUUACCGCAGCGAAGUGCGCCCGCGCAUUCGCACGCUCACCAAUAUUUUGCAGAAAAAAAGCGGUGAUUGUCGCGUACAGCGAGGGAACGAUCGGUUCGAGUUCGAAAGCGAGGAAAAGAGAAACGUCGAUGACGAUGCCGACAACGGUUAUGACGACAAUGACGACGACGACGACGACGACAACGACGACGACGACAACGACGACAACAACGCCGACACCGUCGAAAACAAAGAUGACGACGACAACGACAACGACGACGACGACGACGACGACGACGACGACGACGACGACGACGAUGACGACGACAACGACGACACCGACGACAACGACGACGACGACGAAGACGAAGACGAAGAGGACGAAGAUGAAGACGAAGAAGACGAAGACGACGAAGACGAUGACGACGACAACGAUGUCAUCGACUACGUGUGUUACGUCAAUGACCUUAUUUUAUCGACGUGCCAAGCAUCGAGGUCACGGUCUUGUUAUACCGGAAGCAGGAAACCGAGAACGAGAUGGAAGAAAGAUGACGAUCGGGAUCGCGCGAUCACCGAGGAAUCCGUCAAUUUCUCUGGAAUUCGUAUCGCGAAUGUUACGAACGUUCCUUCGGUCGAUGUAUUUCCUUACACUGCCUACAAUGACGAGGACGAUGAUAUCGGAAGCUGCCGUGAUAUCGGGGAGUCGUCGCGUGUCGUCGCGUCGUCCCGCGAGAUCGGGAACGUUCGUGUUGGACAGGAAGAGUAUCGAGAAGGGACGAAAUUUUGUCGAGACGUUGGCAACCACGGGGACAAACUCCAAGUGAGAAAAGUGGUGGACGAUGGUAUUUGUGACGACGGAGAACGUUUUCGUAAAUUUCGAAGCCGUCGUAAGCGGAAUGCCGAUUCGGGACGCGAUACGCGCGGAAAGGUUUGCGUCGCGAACGGAAACAGCGGGAGACGCGAGAGCCACUACACUGCCCGGUUCCAGAAGCCGAUCAUCCCCAACGGAAGCAGCGAGAACGAAACGAAACUCUCGAAGAACGGACCAACGACGACGAAGGUAUCCAACAACUGGCGCGGCCGAAAGUACGGAUUGCUGUUCAUCUUGUAUUUAUUGGCUUGGCCGCUGGUGUGUUCGACGAAUCUCUCCGGACAGUUCAUCUCCGGUUUUACCCGUAAUCCAUCCCUCGGCCCAGUCGAAAACCUUCCGCGGCACAAUGUCACGCAAAUUUCCUCCUUGUUGUUGUCGUCGAGCGUCGCUCAUCAACGUCAACAACAUCAGCAGCGUCAACAACAUCAGCAACAUCAGCAGCAGCAGCAGCAGCAGCAGCAACAACAACAACAACAACAACAACAACAACAACAACAACAACAGAAGCAACGUUAUCGGCAACUGGAGGAAGAGCACGGUGUGCGAGAGCAAUUGGUCCGGGACGCCGAGUACGCCAGUAACGGACAUCACCGUCGCCGUCACGAAGAACAACAACAACAACAACAACAACUACUACAACAGCAGGAAGACCAAGGUCGCGAGCAACGAGAGGUGGAAGAAUCGUCGUAUCGAGAUCGCGGCGAAGCCGUUUUCGAAUCCGAAUCGACACAUCCUUACAACGAAUAUAGCUGGGAGAUGAACCAAAUAAAUCCUUGGUUAUCGGCCUGCGAUCUGGCGGGCCCAGCGCCGGCCGAUCUUCAGGGUAGCUGCGGUCCACCGGAAGUACCGAAAUAUUGUCCGGUCGCCUGUGUGGCAAGCUCGAAGGGAAACGGCGGUAAUGGAAACGAUGCCGAGUUCGUCGAGGUGAUCGAGAAGGUCAGGGUCACCGGAAGGAAUUGUUAUUGGUCGACCGGUGGAAAGAAGGAGGCAACGACAGAGACGGCAGUGGCGGAAUCGGAACGGUUCGACUCGAGUUCGAUAAAGUCGUCCGGGACGGACGGCGGUGAGGUGGCGAGUGACAAAAAGGGAAGGACCGACCGAGAGAAAGCCGAGGGCGUACGGAUGGAUCCGGAACAGUGCCUUUUUUAUCUCGAGGAGUCACAUAAGAGGGACAUCUGUCGGGAUGAUUUUGGCCGGACCAGUACGCGAAGUUUUUUAACCCCGAGGGAGAAUCGAUAUUGGUUCAUGAGCGGGUUGCGUCUGCGGCACUGCUGCGACCACGCGGUGGUCAACGCCCUGGCACCUGGCAAGGGUGGUCCGCUCGAGAAUGUGCUAAACGGUGGCCAGAAGUGCGUCGAUGCCCUGGACAAGCUGUUGCACGCCGAUGUGUUAGCCGCAAGAUUGCAUUGUGAGUUCGAGGAAGUGCUCGCGCGAUACGACUGUGCACAGCCCUAUUCGGUCAUCUUCAACUGCACCCACUGCAAGGAAGCGUAUAGGAAAUGGGUGUGCAGCUCCCUGGUGCCUUACUUUGCUCAUGGGGAACCACAGGACUUGAAUAGCUCCAACAACUGGGCCGGAAGCAGACUUAGGCCCUGUCGGUCCUUUUGCCAAUCCGUGGAGCAACGUUGUCCCUAUUUACUUCCGGGUGAUCGUGCUCCCGCCUAUCCCACGCAAUACGCCGGCGAACCCACUUUUCUUUGCAGAGAUCCGAAUAUCCCCGAGACCGGAGAGCAAGCCGCGAGGGCAUUGCACAGCAGCGAAGAGAACGAGUGCUGCUUUCACGCGUGUUCCGAGGAGUUGCCGGGAUCGGGUAUUUGCGCGAAUUGCACGGACAAGGAACCACGGAGACGCGGCAACAACCACGAUCCUCCAACGGCACCCCGUUGCGAAAUUAAUCCCAUUCAACCGGCUUCCACAGGUGGAGGAUACGAAGAAUCGGGAUUCACGGACAGCAGCCUGGAGCGCGAACAGAGACACGACUCGUCCACUUACUCCGCAGCUGCGUCGAUUUCGAGUACGGGGCGGCAACAGGGAACGUUGGUGUGCGGAACCGGCGAUGGCGUCGACUCGAUCGCCAGCGUUUCCUCCUCCGAUCGAUCGGCAGCCUCGAUCCUUCCGCAACUCUUCUGGCUAUGCUCCGUUUUAACCAGCAUCCUCGGCAACGUUCGAACGAUUCCCGUCCUCUGGAUCGCCAAGAUCCUUCUGUGGCCGGUCGUGCCGCUCGAUGGCAACGAGGGUAGCGAUGGUCGCGAUCACCGUGCUAAUCGUUGCGGUAGCGAAUCAAAGUCGAAGAAAACGAGCGGCCUGAUAGACAUCGUCGUCUGGUUGCGCCGUUGCUUUCGCGGCAACUACGUCGGCGCGCGUUACCGUGCGAACCGGUUGCUGGAAAAGUGGCUGGUGAUCGAACGUCGAUGCCGAAGCUGGUGGUGUCGCUGCUGGUACUGGUGGUGGUGGAGAUGGCGAAAAAUAUCAUCGGCGAGCGGUCGUGUCCGAUGGAAAUUUCGACCUCGACGACCGCGUGGGAAAAGUCGUUUCGCUCGAUUCGUCGACACGCGUCAUCCUUCGACUACCGGUGCUACGCUAACUCGUAUCGUUGCAACCGCCGCCGCCACCGCCACAACCAUCGCCACAGCCAUCGCCACUACCAUCGUCGUCACCUUUCCAACCACCGUCGUCACCACCAUCCCCACCACCGCCACCACCACCACCACCAUCACCACCACCACCACCACCACCACCACCGUCGUGAAAAACGAAUCCUUUUUCCAUUUACGAAAGACGUAUCGUGAUUCGUUGUACGAGCGUUGGAUCCAGUGUUUCCUCGUCGAUUCGUUCACGGUAAAGUGCCUAUGGCGACGAUGGUGCUGGCGGUGGUGGUGGCUGCGCCGAUGGUGGCGAUCACGAGAAACGCAUUACGGCGGAUUCGUCGGAACGGCGAUAUCGCUCGGCAGGAAGGAUCGUUUUCGUGGUUUCCGGCGUGAUCGAGACGAAGCGGCCAAUCGAAAAAGGAAAGAAAGAAGAAGAAGAAUAAGAAGGAGAAGGAGGAGAAAGAGGAGAAGACGGAGCAGAGAGGCUUUAGAAGUUUCCGAACAGUGGACUCGAUCUUGUUCGGCUGGAAGGCGACGUUCGAAAUUAUUCUCGAGGAAAAAGGACCCACCAUAGAGCAGUUCGUCUACGCAAAAGCGUACAAAAUACAGGUUUUUUCUAUCGGUAUAUCCAGAGCUCUGUCGGCAAGUACGUAUUUGGCCGUACCUUUCUCGAUUUUCAACUCUCGAUAGAUCCAACGUCUUCGAGCGAAGCACGCAUCGCGGAACGACUGGAAUCCGAGAAAGAGCGUACAAGAAAUGCUGGCAGACGAGCGUUAGGAAGCGGAGAGAGGAAAACGCGAAACGUUCGAAGUACGUACGUACGGAGAUGAAAAAUACAUGGAACAGAGUGUGAGAAGGAUCGGGAGGAAAACUGGUGCGACGUAAUUUUCCGAAAAUGUGUACACAUGGAGGAAUAGGGGAAAGUAGAAAUGGGGAGAAUCCGGGUAUCGAAGAGACGAAGAAACACGUCGACGUCGAAACACGAAGUUCGCACGUGAGGACAAAAGGACGUGAAACAAAACGAUGAAAUCGUAACGUCUGUCGCUAAUAAUAAUAAUAAUAAUAAUAAUAAUAUUAAUAAUAAUAAUAAUCAUAAGAAUAAUAAUAAUAGUAAUAAUAGUAAUAAUAAUAAUAAUAAUAAUAAUAGUAAUAACAAUAAUAAUAAAAACAACAAUAACAACAAGAACAAGAACAACAAUACACAACAAUAAUUAAUUAAUUAAAAUAUUAACGAGGAUAUCGACGACAAUGACGGAGACGGUGACUGCGACGGUAAUUGCAACGACGACUAUGACGCCGACGUUUCGACGAUAACGAUGGAGACGGCGCCGACGAUGACGACGACGACGACGACGACGACGACGACGACGACGACGACGACGACGACGACGACGACGACGACGACGACGACGACGACGACAACGACGACGACGACAACGACGACGACGACGACGAUGAUGACGACGACGACGACGACGACGACGACGACGACGACGACGACGACGACGAUGAUGAAAACGAUGAUACACAAACGAUAACGAUAAUGAUAACGAUAAAAUGGUGACAAAGGACAAUGAAUAAAUAAUAGUUUACGGAUAAUAAAGUAAAUGAUAACGAUUAAAUAACGAGAUAACGAUAAAAGGUGGGGAUGAUACAAUGGAGUAACGUUAACGUUAACGAUAGAAUGAUUACGAUUACAGUUAUUGUUACACGUUCGAUGCGUCGUAUGCAUUCGAAUUUAACGAAGAGAACACGCACAUAUACACUGAACACACGGAACCAGCACGUACACACAGAUAAUUCGUUAUUUCGCGAGGAGAUAAAAAGCAAGAAAGAGCGAGCGUAGAGGGGAAGAUUGCGCCGUAGUAUAACGAAGCGAGAACAGCGUACGAAAGAGAAAGAGCGAAUACGCGUGGAGACGCGAGAGAGGUAGCGAAUGCGAGAGAGCGUGAAAACGGUGGAAGUCUCGGGAACGCUAGGGGCGAGAAGAUGCCAGUACACGUUUUCGUAUAAGCCGUUAACGAUUAACGAGACAUUUAAAAAAACACAAAAAAAAAAAGAC